CCUCAAGCAGCGCGCGUCUUAUCGUAACCGUCGCAUAUAUCAUAUCCCUGGCUCUAAAUUCUCUACUCUUUCCUUCUUUGGUACCACUAGAACUACACACCACCGCCGAAAUCUAUUGACCGUUUUCGAUGGAGACUAUUAGGGAAAACUCUGCCGGACUGGGCGGGCUGUGGAAGCCACCGAGCGCGAGAAGAGGGCGGAUCGUGCGGGGACAGCAGGCAGUUCCGUUCUUCCAAAAGUCUGGACUUCCGGACACUGUUCUGGGCGGGCGUGGCGAUGAAACUCAUUUCGCUGGCGCAAUCUCACAAGCCGUGGCCCUGAGCAACCUCAAUGACGAGACGCAGUUGCCUGAUAUGAAGGGGGUCGACCUUGCGCAGGUUUUCGCACAGUUUGGGGCCAGUGCUGCUGGCCUCCAAUUCCAGCGCAUCCUUAGCAGUGCCAGCGCAGGGCGCACGCGGCGCGACUCGACGUCUUCCAGCGCUGGAUGGCCAAACGUCGCGGGCAGCGCUGGCGCAGGCGAUGACAGCGCUGCUGGCGAGAUUACGGUUUUGGCCAGAGAGAAGCAGCAGUACCAGCAGAUCUUUGAGAAGAGCCAGCCCAUAGAUGGGGCAAUCAGCAGCGCAGCGGCUAAGGCUCUUUUCAUGAAGACCAAGCUGACUAAUGAGCAGCUGGGCACGCUGCGGCUGCCCGGCUUUAUCGUUGCCAUGUUCUACAUCCGGCGCAUCAUGGAGAACCGCAACUACAGCAGCCUGAUGAACGGCUCGAGCGCUGAUUUGGCGCUAACACUCGCCAGCCCUGCGCAGUGGGACGUGACCAAUGAGGAGCGCGUGCGGUACAGGCAGUUCUUUGACAGCCUGGACACGCAAAAGGCCGGGUUUUUGUCCGGCGAUGUUCCUGUAAAUUUCUUCCUCAAGUCCAACCUGCCUGAGAUGCUCCUGUCCAAGGUUUGGGACCUUGCCGAUGUCAACCAUAACGGCAAGCUCAGCCGUGAGGAGUUUGCUGUGGCCAUGCACCUGAUCAACCUGCGUCUGGCCGGCGGCGAGAUCCCGGACACACUGCCACCAGCGCUGGUGCCGCCGUCGAUGCGCAAGGUGUCGAUCACCAGCAACAGCAUGCACAACCUUAGCCCGCAGAUACGCCCGGCGUCAGCCAGGAGCCACUUGCAGUAUGGCGACAACUUGAAGCGUGCCCCUUCGUAUGCGCCGCAUGUUCGCGGACCAAUGCCCAUCAGCAGGUCCCCCGCACCCCUGUCGCCAGUCUACGACGAUUCGGAGAUCUCAGGUCUGCAGACGCAGCUGGGCCAAAUGGAGGACAUGUCGCGCGGCCUGCAAAUGCAGCGCACAAACACAGCCAACCAGAUUGCCAUUUCCGGGUCUCGCAAGCAAGAGCUCGAGGUCAAGAUCUCUGCGCUGCAUUCGUCGCAGGAGGCCGAGACGCGCAUCAACCAGGAGCUGAGGGACAAGCUCAAGGUCGAGGAAGACCGCGUUGGCGAGGCGAGCCGCGUGCUUUCUGUAGUGUCAGCGCAGCGCUCUGCGCUCGAGCAGGAGGUCCACCGCGUGCAGACGCAACAGCUUGCGCUGCAGCAGAGGCUGCAGCAGGCGCAGGAGGACUCGCGGCAGCUGUAUGGGGAGGUCGCAGAGCUUGACCAGCACAGGUCGAUCGCCGCGAUGCAGAGCCAGAUUUCGCAGCAGGAGGAGACCAACCGCGCACUGAGCGAGAAGGCUGAGGGCUCAAGACGACUGACGCAGACCUCGUCGUCACUAUCGCAGAAGGCAACUUCAUUAUCGCAGGCAAACUCGCAAUCAAACGCGUCAUUUGGCGAGACCUUCCAGGCGAUUACUGCGCCUCAGGACCAGCUGGCCACUGCUGAGAAUCGCGAAGCGCACAGCAGCAUUGCCGAAAUUCCGGCAACAUUUUCCCCUGUAGCUGGUCAGCAGCAGCAGCAGCGGAGCGUGUCGCCCGCAGCGAUUUUGCAUCGGUGGCUUCUUUCGCCGGCCAUGGUGGCUCCCGUCGCUCAGAUUGCCACCAGCACGAACGCAUUUGACUCCUUCGGUUCGCACGAGGCAGAUCCAUUUGAAGAGUUUUUGACCGCCGCCACGUCAUCCAAGCCAACCUCGCCGCUGAGCAUCCGGAGUACCAGCAAUUUGCUCUGCGGUAGCGCCAUUGCCUCUUCGCCGAUCAUGGCCAAAUCCACACCGGCAUCGCCAUUUGCCUAUGCUGCGUCCGCUAAGAGCUCGGAAUUUGCUGCCGACUUUGGCUCGGCAUUUGAUCUGCUUCCAGGAUCCGCCGAGCGGGCGAUCAAGAAGGACAUGGAGAAGUUCGACGAACAGUUCCCCGAAAUCAACACCUCACCCUCAGCGCCGGCUGUGCCUACUGUUGAGGACACAGAGGGCGUAGCUGACCUGACAUUCGAGUCUGUUUUCGGAUCUGGUGACAAGGUGGAGCAGGCGGCGGCACCAGCCACCACGGCUAAGGCAGCCGAGAAGAAGAGCAGCGACUCAAGCAACGAUGAUGGCUUUGUGCCUCCGCCGGUUGUCAAGCGUAUCAAUGCUCCGGUGUUCGGCCAAUGUCGCGAGUGCUGUCAAUGUUCGUCCUCUUCCAACAACCGCACAAGCUCGAUGCCGGGGACGCCAGCGCUUCCGCCAAGCCGUGAUCAGGAUAAAAAGUUUGAGGAGAAGUGGGCCAAGGGUGAUUGGCCUGAUUGGUAUUGCAAUGAGCGCCGCAUGCUUCUUGAAAUGGGAUAUAGCAAGGAUCGCGUUGUCGAGGCUCUCGAAGUCAACGAUUUCAAUCUGGCACAGGCAUCCGAUUAUCUCUUGUCGUCGUAAAAAAAUGGGAUGCUUUUUCAUAUUUAUAUUUUUCUUAGGUUGCGCA